ACCUGAUGACCCACGUUGAGGGGUAAUCAGAUUCCCUGUGGGGUCUUUCUGCAGCCUCUAGCCUGGAAGCUUCAUCCUGACAGUACCCUCAGAAGUGUCACCUCCACUGCAGACCUUUCCCAGCUUGAACGUGUUCUCUUGCCUCCUUCCUGGUCAUUGUGUCUUCCCAUUGCCCUGGGACGCUCAUGGGCCAUAUCGAUGAUGAACACGUCAUCCUCUGACUUCACCCUCUUGGGGCUUCUGGUAAACAGUGAGGCUACAGGGAUUGUAUUUACAGUGAUCUUUGCUGUUUUCGUGGUGGCUGUAACUGCAAAUUUGGUCGUGAUAUUCUUGAUUCAGGUGGACUCUCGCCUCCAUACCCCCAUGUACUUUCUUCUCAGUCAGCUGUCCAUCAUGGACACCCUUUUCAUCUGUACCACUGUCCCAAAGCUCCUGGUGGACAUGGUUUCUAAAGAGAAGACCUUUUCCUUUGUGGCCUGUGGCAUCCAGAUCUUCCUCUAUCUGACCAUGAUUGGCUCUGAGUUCUUCCUCCUGGGCCUCAUGGCCUAUGAUCGCUACGUGGCUGUCUGUAACCCUCUGAGAUAUACAGUCCUGAUGAACCGCAAGAAAUGUCUUUUGCUGGCUGCUGGUGCCUGGUUUGGUGGCUCUGUCGAUGGCUUUCUGCUCACUUCGGUCACCAUGAAUGUCCCUUACUGUGGCUCCCGAAGUAUCAACCAUUUUUUCUGUGAGAUCCCAGCAGUUCUGAAACUGGCCUGUGCGGACACGUCCUUGUAUGAAACUCUGAUGUACAUCUGCUGUGUCCUCAUGUUGCUCAUCCCCAUCUCUAUCAUCUCCACCUCCUACUCCCUCAUCUUGUUAACCAUCCACUGCCUGCGCUCUGCUGAAGGUCGCAAAAAGGCCUUCGCCACUUGUUCCUCCCACUUGACUGUAGUUGGCAUCUUCUAUGGGGCUGCCUUCUACACAUACGUGCUGCCCAGGUCAUUCCACACCCCCGAGCAGGACAAAGUAGUGUCAGCCUUCUAUACCAUUGUCACGCCCAUGCUUAAUCCUCUCAUCUACAGCCUCAGAAACAAGGACAUCAUAGGGGCAUUUAAAAAGGUAUUUGCAUGUUGCUCAUCUGCUCAGAAAGUAGCAACAAGUGAUGCUUAGUCAUUGCCAAGAGAAUAAACUUCCUAAGAACUUCCUCCAUUUGCCCUGUUUCCCUAGAGAUGAUUUGCUCAGCUAUCAACGUACACUUACUACUGGCAGUUAAGAUGAUUCACUCUGUCUGGAUUCUUGCUCCUCAGGGAAGCAAGGGAAAGAUGUUUUAUUGUUAUGCAGAGACCUUUCAGUGAAGUAUCAAAAAUGGUUUAUUAAGUUAAAUAAUUUAUCUGGUCUUGUUUAUUUUCUCUAGGGAAGAAAAACUCCAAAUAUUAGAGUUCACAGCAAACUUUCACUCUGAACUAGAUCUCCACGAUAUUUGUUCAUGUUUAAACAACACAAAAUGAAAGAAAAAACCUACAAAAGCUAUCAAAUGUUUACAGUCAAAUUCUGUGAUUAGCAGCAAUAGAGUAAAAGAAUGCCAAUAUACAAGUGGCAAAGAAAAUAAAAGCACACAUUUUAGUCGUGUUUUUAUUAUAGUAUUAACCCCCAAGUAACUAUAAGCUCUAAUAUCUCUGAAUCUCUGACCCUCUUGAGUGCAGAUAGCAGCUGUCAAAUACUAGGCCACAAUAAAUGGUGGUGAAUUGAACAGAACUGAGUAUGAAUGGGUGGGUGGAGGUUCAACAUGACACAGCUACUCACAGGGAAUAGACUCUAACACUUAGCAUCAAAGAACACGACUGCCACUUUCCUUGAGAGUGUAUUAACAGGAUACCAGGUUCAUUAACAUCCAUGGCCAGAAACUUCACUUUUCCAAGUUCUGUGAUUCAACAGCAACACUUUAAGGCACUUUGAAUUUGGCUGAGUGGGGUGGGAAGUCCUUGGAGUUUCCCAUGCGGGUGUUACAUGAUAACAGACACAUUCUUAAAAGCAUCACUAUGCCUAUAGUGUAGGAAAAUAGAACAAAGGGCAAACAUGGAUACAGGAAGACAAUUCAGGAGGUUUCAGAGAUGAGAAACAAGGAUGGCUUGUGUAGGGUGGACACAAAAGGAUUUAGCUCAUGGAUUUGGCGUAUGUUAGCAACAGAUGUAGAGUGAAGGAUAACUUAUUGGUUUGGGCCCAAGUGAAUAAAAAAAUGGAAUUUUCAUUGAUAUUUGGAAAACUGGCCAGUAGCAGAAGUCAAGAAUUCACUUAAGAUAAUUUGGAAAUAUCUAUUAGGUAUUUAAGCUAGGCCGGGUGCAGCGGCUCGUACCUGUACUCCCAGCACUUUAGGGGAGACCAAGGAGGAUGGAUUGCUUGAGCUCAGGAGUUUGAGACCAGCCUGCCAACAUAGCAAAACCCCAUCUCUACCAAAAACACAAAUAUUAGUUGGGUGUGGUGGCACAUGCCUGUAGUCCCAGCUACUUGGGAGGAUCAUUGGAGGCUGAGAAGUUGAGGCUGCAGUGAGCCGUGAUGGCACCACUGUGCUCCAGCCUGAGUGGCAGAGUGAGACCUUGUCUCAAAAUAAAUACAUAAAUACAGAAAGAUAUUGAAGCUAUAUGUAAAGUCAAUUGUACUUCAGAUUAGAGUUCUGAACAUAAGGCAUACAUUUAAUAAUCUUCAGAGUACAGAGAGUGUUUAAAAACAGGGUUUUUUGAGAGUUUUCUUAAGAGAAAGCUUGAGACUGAGAUCUGAGGCAGCUGGCGUCACAUGAAAAAUUAGAACAGAUAGGGCUUUAUGAGGUAAGAAAAAAUCUAAAAGUGUUUAAAGAAAGACAGUAUAAGCAACUGCAACAAGUGCAGUCUAUGGUUGAAAUAAGUGAGAUUUGGUUACUCUAUUUAGCAACAUGAAGGUUACUUGUAACCUUAGUGACCAUUUUUAAUGGAGAUAUGCUUAGAGAUGAUUCAGGGUAAAAUAAAGGGAGAGGAAGUGGAUAAGGUAAGUUGAGUAUGAAUUUUUAGAUAUUUUUUGUAAAGGAAAUGGAGUAUAACUAGAAAAACAUGUGAUACCAAUGUGUUGGAUGUUAAUGUUGUUGUCAUGUGAUAUUGAGUAUGAAUUUCAAAGGAAUAAUUCAGUACAAAAAGAAAAUCGAUAUAUGAGAAAUGGAGAAAACUUUCAGAAAGAUGGCCUUUGAGAGUGGCCAAAAGCACAGAAACCAGUUUAGAAGUGGAGAGACUGACCUUUUGUAAGAGCAUGGCCAAUUCAUUGACAAUAGCAGGAGGUCAGGCAGAGCACAUGUGCUAUAACUAAGCUCCCUUCAGAUGGUUUGUAUCUUCUCAGUGCAAUUAAUGAGUAAAGAUCAGGGUGGUCCUGCCAAAAGUUUGAGAGGAGAAGAGAAUCAUCUUGGAGAACAGGUAAGUUAAUAAGCUAGUAGAGAUACCUGGAUUGUAGGACAACCUUAGGACUCCCCCUCCUUUGCAUUGAAUUUAUGAAUUUAGCACAGCACAUUUGUCAGACAAUUCAUGUGUGUUCGGCAUGGUGGCCAGAAAAUAGUAGGCACUCAAUAUGUUAACUAGGAUUAUGUUAAAAACAAGGACAAAAUAACAGCAGCUGCUCUUGUUACUACUACAAACUUAUUCCUCUGUGAAUAAAGUAUGUCAUAUUUAUGCUUUUCCAAUGCUUAUAAUUUGCAGCAUGUAAUAGAUAUUCAGUAGCUGUUUAUUUUAAUAAAUUUGUCUCUUUGGGCAAUUAAAAGUUGUAU